CUACAACCGGAAGAAGGAAGCUGAAGUUUGGACUUUCUCACUUUCGGUUUCGUAAUUCAUUAUUUUGUAGUCCGAAGCGCAGUAGUAAGUGUGGCACUAAUUAUUUUGUAACUGAAAAGGACCAGUAUUUGCCAAUAUUGAACUGAUAUAUUGACUUCCUGUAAUGGCAGCCUCGGGCAGUCAAGAUGGCAAUACAUCAACAAGUGAUAGCAUUGGGCUUCCCAAGGUGAUACAGCAAAACACGAUCGAAACCAACUCAGCUCAGUGGCAGCAGUAUCAACAAUAUUACAAACAAGCCAGCAGGGGAGGCCAGAUAAACAACCUGGUGCUGAUACAAGGCAAUCGACAGGUUCAGAUAGGCAACUACAAUGUCAUGCAUUGUGCCUCAAGUGACAGCGACUCCGACAGUGACGAUAGCUCUGACAAACUAUCUCAAGCCGAAGCUGAAGAACUUCAAGAAAUACGCACUUCGGAAAAUGAAAUAACCACAAAACAACUGCAGGACAUUGCGAAGAAUGUUGGUGCUCCAUGGAGACUACUUUUAAAGGUUCUUGGCAUUCCAAUGUACAAGGUGGACCAGUGUUAUGAGGAGUACCACAAUUCGGGCAUGGAUGAGGUUAUAUUUCAGUUACUGCGCUCCUGGAAGCAGCAGACGUCUGAACCGACGGUGGGUAACAUGAUGAGGGAGUUGGAACGAAUCCGACUAAAUCACUUGUGGGUUCAUUUAAAACCAGACCCGGAUGAAGAUCCAGAUUGUUAUCUAGACUGAAUCUGUCUGUGAAGUCAGACAUCUCAUCAUCCAUCAUUCCUGUCUGUGUGCCUCUCAAAUCAACCUGAAAAACACUGCUUUUAAACAGUCUAACCUGUGUUAAGUAGCCACCAUAGGUGUGUUAAAAAUGGCCAAUUAAGUCUAAAGACAGGUGAAGGAUGACAAGAGGAACCUUAUAUAUAUGUAAUUAAAUGUAUUGUACACACAA